AUGGGCAAGGCACGCGGCCAGCGCGAGAGCCGUGAGCAACUUGUACAGGAGGCACAGGUGAUGGUCGCCGAGGACUUUCCUCAAGAGCUCGAGGCCAUCUAUGCCAAAACAUCGGAGAAGGCGAACAUCAGCGCCAUGAAGGUGCUGAACAUGGCUAAGUGCUUGGAGUUGCUAGAAGUGGAAAUGGCUGGCGGCCACACGGUGCUGCUCAUUAAGGUUUCGCAGGUGGUGAAGACGGGCAAUAUGACUAUUGAAAUCACGCCGAACUCCGCCUCCUUUGGUAACUCGAUCCUGCAGCGCGUGAGCCGAUUUGACAGCGCCCUGCAAGUCUCCAAGGAAGGCCCGAAGAUACGCGUUGUGUUGCCACCCAUCACCACGGCGCGCCGCGACAGAACUGUCGAAGAGGUAAAAAAUCUUAUCUCGAUCUUUCGUCAGCUUGUCAAGCAGUCGCGGACGAAGGCAGUAAAGGUGCUGCAGGAUGCUGGCCUGGAGGAUGGGGUGCAGCGGGAGCUCGUUGCUGUCGUGGACUCUACUGCUAGCGCCUUUUUGGCGGAGAAGGCGGCAGAGCUGGAGUUGUUGUCGGAGGAGGUCAUGUCGAUGGGCAUUGACGAGUCAGACGUCACGGCCGGUCGCUAG